CCUAAAUUGCCAGUGGGAGAGAAACAAUGACUCCCUUACUCACCUGAAGCCACAGGCGGCAGCAGUAGCAGCCUCCUUGGGAUGUCGGGAAAAUGUGAUGCGUACAGGUGGUCCGCUGCUAGAUCCCCACGUUCUAGCCAAAAGUGACUCGAGUGGGAGAUCCAAAGGCAGCGGAGGGAAUCGUCGGGAAGAUGUCUAAAGAAAUGACAGACCAAAGAGAAGCUGGAGGAAAAGAGGGAUGCGGAGACCAGAUCAAAGGAUCGGACAAGGAGGAGGAACCUCCAACUGCCUCAUCCCAUGGCCAGGGGUGUCGUCCAUGUGGCAGAGCAACAGCUAAGAACUCAAGACCUGAACCUGGGCCCAGACCACCUCCUCUCCCCGCCAUGGUCAAUGACCCACCAGUGCCCGCCGUACUGUGGGCACAAGAAGUGGGCCAUGUGUUGGCAGGCCGUGCCCGCAGGCUGCUGCUACAGUUUGGGGUGCUCUUCUGCACCAUCCUCCUCCUGCUGUGGGUGUCUGUGUUCCUCUAUGGCUCCUUCUAUUAUUCCUACAUGCCAACAGUCAGCCACCUCAGCCCCGUGCAUUUCUACUACAGGACCGACUGUGAUUCCACCACCACCUCGCUCUGCUCCUUCCCUGUUGCCAAUGUCUCAUUGGCUAAGAGUGGACGUGAUCGGGUGCUGAUGUAUGGACAGCCUUAUCGCGUCACCUUAGAGCUUGAGCUGCCAGAGUCCCCUGUGAAUCAAGAUUUGGGCAUGUUCUUGGUCACUGUUUCAUGCUACACCCGAGGUGGCCGCAUCAUCUCCACUUCUUCGCGCUCGGUGAUGCUGCAUUAUCGCUCUGACCUGCUCAAGAUGCUUGACACGCUGGUCUUCUCCAGCCUCCUGCUGUUUGGCUUUGCAGAGCAAAAGCAGCUACUAGAAGUGGAGUUGUAUGCAGACUAUAGAGAGAACUCGUAUGUGCCUACCACUGGAGCAAUUAUUGAGAUCCACAGCAAGCGCAUCCAGAUGUAUGGAGCCUACCUCCGCAUCCAUGCCCACUUCACUGGGCUCAGGUACCUGCUGUACAACUUCCCCAUGACCUGCGCCUUCAUCGGUGUUGCCAGCAACUUCACCUUCCUCAGCGUCAUCCUGCUCUUCAGCUACAUGCAAUGGGUGUGGGGGGGCAUCUGGCCCCGGCACCACUUCCCUUCGCAGACUAGCAUGAGAAAAAGGGAGAGUUCACGCAAGGAAGCCCUCCGCCGGAUCUCUACCAAUCAGCCAGGCUCGGGGACUGAAGGCACUCAGGAAGAAUCCACCCAGCAGUCAGAUGUGACAGAGGAUGGUGAGAGCCCUGAUGAUCCCUCAGGGACAGAGGGUCCUCUGUCUGAGGAGGAGAAGCCAGAUCAGCAGCCCCUGAGUGGAGAGGAGGAGCUGGAGCCCGAGGCCAGUGAUGGUUCAGGCUCCUGGGAAGAUGCAGCACUGCUGACCGACGCCAACCUGACUGCUCCUGCCUCCGCCUCUGCCUCCGCCUCCACCCCGGCCCUUGCCCCGGAGACACUGGGCACCUCCGAGGCCUCUGUGGAUGGCCUCCGGCAGCGCUCCACCUGCUCCAGUUCUUGAGGAAAAGUGGGCAGAUUCCUCACAUUCCAGCACUUUGCCAGCAAACCCUUUUUCUCCUGUUUUCCCCUUAAUAAACUAUUUUAUGCCAGCUGCU